GUGCCGUAUGGCCUGCGCUGGUAAAACACUGCGCAUGCGCACACAACCUACAUGCAAAAAGGAAAUGUGCGGAAAAAAGAAUGAAUUUAGGACAUCAAAGUUACAAAUUCUUGCUUGUUUAUCAACAAAAACUGGAUUUUAGGAAACCGCAACAGUUUUGAUCCACGGUAGAUCAGUUGCUAGGGAAACAAAAUGGAGAUGUGAUCUGCAGACACUGCUUCAUCUCAAGGAAGAACUUCUCAUCCCGGGAUACUCCAGAGCCUUCGCACGUUAAAGAGGAAGAAGCAGUCGGAUGUGGGCAAGUCACCACUGACUGGUGUCUCUGGAGGGUGACGACAACCAAGGCAAAUCACCUGAGCGGUCACACUGCUUUAUCAUCACAGUCGGUGAAGACAUGGACAAACCUCUGAGAAGCAAUGCAGACAGUGAAGACAUCCAGCCGCUGAUUGGUUGUCAGGAAGAACCUCCCCCUCAUCCACCACACGUUAAAGAUGAACAGGAGGAGCCAAUGCCCCUCCGCAUAAAAGAACAAAAGGUUCAGUUCCACAUUAAGGAGGAAGAGCAAGAGACCGAUGUCAGCAAGUUGCCUCUGAUUGUUGCCUCUGUGAAAAAAGAAGACGAUGAAGACGAACCAGACGAGUGGUCCCAGCUUCACCCUCACGGCCCGAGGGGAGGUGCGCCAUCAGACGACGUCUCGGGACCACUGUCAGACAUUAACGAGACACAAGAACCUUUGGGGAGGGACACCGACUGUGAAAGUGACGGCAAACAAUCGAAAGGCUCUGAAAACGAGACGAGUGGCGGCGUCGAAGAAACUUCUCAAACGUGUAAAAAACGUGUUACCUGCUCUGUUUGCAGUAAACGUUUUGCCACAAAACAAACUUUAAUAACACACAUGAGAACACACACGGGAGAAAAACCCUUUAGUUGCUCAUUUUGUGGGAAGGAAUUUUCUCAAAAAGGACCAAUGCUGAGGCACACAAGAGUCCACACUGGAGAGAAACCCUUUAGUUGCUCGGUUUGCAGUAAAACAUUCUCGCAAAAGGGAAGUAUAGAAUUACAUAUGAGAACACACACAGGAGAAAAACCCUUUCGGUGCUCAACUUGUGGCAAAACAUUCUCUCAGAAAGAAAAUAUGGUAACGCAUAUGAGAAAACACACAGGAGAAAAACCCUUCCGCUGCUCAGAUUGUGGUAAAAUGUUCUCUCGGAAGGAACAUGUGCUGACGCACAUGAGAACACAUACAGGGGGGAUACCCUUUACAUGCUCGGUGUGUGGAGAAAGUUAUGGUCAUCGGGCCAGUUUAACUGAGCACAUGCGCAAACACAACACAGAAAGCAAAUAAAUGUUUUCCUGUUGCUUGUCAUGGCUCAAAAGUGAUGAGUUGCUCAAUGUGUGAACUGAAUAUUUUACUUUGUUUUAUAAUAAUUCACAUAACCCAGUGCUUCUCAAAUAGUGGGGCGCGCCCCCCUUGGGGGGCGCGGUGCUAUUCCUGGGGGGGCGCGUGUGACCCUGGGGAACAGGCUUUUCUUUUGGCAGUACUAGAAUAAAGUGUAAUUGCGCGUUUACUACAGCAGGGGGCAGUGGCGCUCUCAUUGUUACUUCUGUCACGUUUGCGACAGUGCAACAUUUUACGAUUUACAAGACAAGUUAGGAUAGUCACGGUGGGGAGGGGGGGCGCGAAUAGUUUUCUUCUUGCUAGGGGGGGGCGUAACAGAAAAUAAUUGAGAAGCACUGACAUAACCAUUUACCAAAUUUGGUCAAAGAAAACUAUUUUGAGUCACUAGACACGAAGUCUUUUAUUUAUUACAGUGAGACAUUUUUUUUUUUAGUUCUUUUAUUGAAAACUUUAUACAAUAAAUGUCUUUAUAGAAGCAUCCAUCCA